UUGUAACCUUUCUAUGCUUAAUGGCUGUCUACGAUGACGCUUAAGGGCCAGAGAGAAAGACCUGAUUUCUGCUAUCACUGCCACCAGGUGCCACCGUAAUGGUGGCUUCUAUCUCUGCACGGAUAUCCUUGGGUCAAACAACAGGUGGCCAGUUGGCUAUAUUUGGUCAGCCACAACUUGGUUGAUUGUCGUCUUGAGCCUAUUUCAGUGUGGGUAACAGUAUAGAGCAAGGGGGCUUUUUAACCCUGCUGGUUUUUUAUAAAUCUGACGAGUUCUGUUUGGUUCAGCUUGAAGUAAAAGCCUUGACCUCACGAAAGACUCAAGAUGUUAUUGAAUUGGAAGGCAUUGGAAAAUUUUCCACUGCUUAUGUACAUUUUAGCAGCUAAAACAUUAAUCCUUUGCUUAGCAUUUGCUGGGGUGAAAAUGUACCAGAGGAAAAGACUUGAAGAAAAAAUGAAAAAAGAACAGGAAGAGAAACAAAAAAGGGAAGCUGAGAAGAAAGAGAACUGAGAUGUCUUAAGAGAUUUUAGACAUUUGGCAACUUGCUUGGAUUCCUUUUCUGGGAUAGUUGACGACUUCAAUGAAACACAAAAGAUCUGCCAGAGGAAUGAAGUUUCAAGAGCAACAUUUACUUGAAUAACAUGUUGGUUUUUUGUAUAUUUAAUAAGAACAUUCUGCUGGCUAUUUGUACAAUAAAGGCUUUCUUUGUAGAACACUAA